AUGUCGAUAUCACGAGCUAUAAACCAAAUCUUUCGAGCGCCUGAACAGGCUGAGGGCGCAGGUGCCCGAGUGCGCCGCGCCAUUGGUAGCAUGCACAAGCGCAACUUCUCGCCUUUCCUCAUGUUCGACCACAUGAGCGGCAGCACCGGCGCCAGCUUCCCCGAUCACCCUCACCGUGGACAAGAGACUGUAUCCUACAUCCUCAAAGGCUCAGUAGAGCAUGAGGACUUUGCGGGCAACAAGGGUGUUUUACGGGCCGGUGAUCUGCAGUUUAUGACGGCGGGGAGAGGCAUCAUGCACUCCGAACAGCCGCUACCGGACGAUGAUGGAACCCCAGGGGCCGGAUUCCAACUGUGGGUCGACCUUCCGAAGCAUCUGAAGAUGUGCGAGCCCAGGUACCGAGACUUGCACGCGAAAGAAAUACCUCAAGUUCAACUCGAUGAUGGCAAGGUGCAUGUCAAGGUCAUCUCUGGCAAAUCUGGCGAGGUCGACUCGGUGAAGGAUCUGGCAUAUACACCUGUCUGGUACCUCGACGUGGAGAUCAAGCCGGGCGGCAGGUUGACCCAGCCCUUACCUCAGGAUUGGAAUGCUUUCGCAUAUGUCUUUGAGGGUUCUGCGGUCUUUGGUUCGAAGAACAAAGGCCAGAGCAGCGCCGGUACGUUCGACGCCGUCAUCUUCGAACGAGAGGGCGAUGCAGUCGACAUCGAAGUUCCAGAGACCGCACGUGAAGGUGCACGUCUUCUCUUGAUCGCGGGGCAGGUUUUGGACCAGCCGAUCACGCAACAUGGGCCUUUUGUCAUGACCAGUCGGCAGGAAGUACAACAGGCGGUCGAAGACUUUUACAUGCACAAGAACGGAUUUGAAAGAGCCAAGGAUUGGCGGAGUGAGAGUUCGAAAAAGAAGGGGCUGUAUUGA